ACACGCACGCCAAAUGUGAACAUAGAAAAACAAGUUUGUGUUUUUUCAACCAAAAAACAGUCUUUCGGACAUGGGGUGUGUGAGAAUGAUGUUGGUAGUGUCGUUGCUUUUAGUACUCCAGCAAGGUACUUUCAGUGCUAAUGAGCAAAAGCAACAUGUUUGUCCACCUUCAUCUUGUGGCAAAAUUUCCAACAUAAGUUACCCAUUUCGAUUAAAAACUGACCCAUUUCAAUGCGGUGAUACAAGGUACGAACUAUCUUGUGAAAAUAAUGUAACAAAUUUAUAUUUAUACUCUUCAAAAUAUCAUGUGCAGUCCAUCAAUUACAACAAUUUCACAAUCCGAUUGGUUGAUCCCGGAAUUCAAGAAUCUAAUUACUCUUCAAUUCCUCUAUAUUCCUUGUCUCGAUUUUAUUUUUGUGAUACUUAUCAAUACGACGAGACAUAUUGUUCGGAUCCAUACCAAGCUAUAAGAGGAGCUUAUGAUGAUCUUUAUUUUGAGCAUAUAGUUUAUUUGAACUGUAGUCAUCCAGUGACUAACAAUAAAAAAUAUGUUGAUAUUGUUCCCUUUGUCAAUUGGAAAAACAAUUCGAAAGGAUAUAUUUAUGCUAUGGCUGGUGAUUUAUUUGCUAAGGACUUUCAAGUUGGUUGUCAUGUGAAGAUGGUUACUCCAACUUCUUGGUCGGGUUUGUUGCAAGGAAAUUAUGAUCAAAUUUCUUAUGAUGUCAUACACAAGGCGUUAGUAUAUGGAUUUGAGAUUUCAUGGUUGAAUCUUCCAUGUUACAAUCUUUGCGGAGAUUUAGAGUCCUGCAACUUCAACAUUUCCACUGAGAUACUUCAAUGCUAUGGCUUUUGCUAUAAUUUUCAAGGAAUAGGAGAACGGACAAAUGUUUGUGGGAUAUGGUAUCAGCUCGGUAUAUACGCUAAAGAUACUAUCAUCGCUAUUUGGAUAGGAUUUACUGAAAUGAUAAAAGGAGAAAAUUCAAAUUAUGACUAUCUUGAAUAUAGAGUAGGAUUGUUCACAGGACACUAUGUCAUACCAUCAUUCGUGGCAUCAAGAUUUCUGUUAGGGACAACAUUAUUUAUUGCAUUGUUGAUAUACAAAUGGCGAAAAAGACAUUUGUCAAUGUAUGAAUAUAUUGAAAUAUAUCUACAACAACAAAACAACAUGAUGCCUAUCAGAUACUCAUACAAAGAAAUUAAGAAUAUGGCUAGAGGUUUCAAAGUCAAGUUGGGUGAAGGAGGAUUUGGCACUGUGUUCAAGGGAAAUCUACGAAGUGGGCCCUCUAUAGCAAUCAAGAUGCUUGGUAAAUCAAAAGGUAAUGGACAAGAUUUCAUUAGUGAAGUCUCAACUAUUGGAAGGAUACAUCAUUUGAAUGUGGUUCAAUUAAUUGGAUUUUGUGCUGAAGGAUCAAAACGUGCUCUUGUUUAUGAAUUCAUGUCUAACGGAUCUCUUGAUAAAUAUAUUUUCUCAAAAGAAGGAAGUAUAGAUAUAAGCUAUGAUAGAAUUUUUGAAAUAUCAGUUGGAGUAGCUCGUGGGAUUGCCUAUCUUCACCAUGGAUGUGAAAUGAAGAUUUUGCAUUUUGAUAUAAAACCACACAAUAUCCUUCUUGAUGAGAAUUUCACUCCAAAAGUAUCUGAUUUUGGACUUGCAAAACUACAUCCGAUAGAGAAUAGCAUUGUUACAAUGACUGCGGCAAGAGGUACAAUUGGAUAUAUGGCUCCAGAAUUAUUCUACAAAAAUAUUGGUGGAGUGUCCUACAAGGCAGAUGUUUAUAGUUUUGGGAUGCUUUUGAUGGAGAUGGCAAGCAAAAGGAGAAACCUUAACCCUCGUGUGGAGCAUUCAAGUCAACUUUAUUUUCCUUUAUGGAUUUAUGAUCAACUUGGAAAAGAGCAAGACAUAGAAAUGGAAGAUACCACUGAGGAGGAAAAGAAAAUAGUAAAGAAAAUGAUCAUAGUUGCACUUUGGUGUAUACAAUUAAAACCAGAUGAUCGCCCUUCAAUGAGUAAAGUACUAGAGAUGCUGGAAGGAGAUGUUGAAAACCUUGAAAUGCCUCCAAAGCCAAUCCUUUAUCCACAUGAAACAAUUUCAAAUGAUCAAGGAACCAACUUUAACCAAACAAUGUCAAGUGAUUGGACAAGUUCUUAUGAUUCUACAGAAAUAGAAAGUAAUCCUCUGGUAGAGAAUAUUGCUCUCGAUAGAGAGGCAACUAACUUAUAUAUUUUUAAUUUUAAAAAUUAUAUAUUUGAUUUAAUCAUGUACAGAGAAAAAUCCUUCUGCUCUGUGGAAUCAUUCUUAUGCUUCCUUCAAAUUAUGGUAGUAGUGCUGCUGCAACUUGAUGAUAAAACAUGUGAUGCAAUUACUAAUAACAAUACAAUUUGUCCUCCUUCUUCAUGCGGCAAAAUGAGAAACAUAAAACAUCCAUUUCGACUCAAGAGUGAUCCAACAAGAUGUGGUGAUAAGAGGUACGAGUUAUCAUGCGAAAACAACAUGACAAUGUUAACUCUGUUUGAGGGAAAAUACUAUGUGAAGGAAAUAAACUACAAAAACUACACAAUUCGGUUAGUUGAUCCAGCAAUUGAAGAAGGUACUGAUUGCUCUUCCAUGCCUCGCUAUUACUUAUACGCUUCUAAUUUUACAAGUAAUUACAAUCCUAGCUACCUCGGGGAUCAAUAUCGAACCUUCCAAAACAGAAUAAUUGAGACUGCUGAUUAUUUUGAAUAUCUCGAAUCUGAAGAGUUGCCAAUGUUCCAGCACGUAAUUUACAUGAAUUGUAGCAAUCCUGUGCGGGAUGAUCCGGUGUACGCGGAUACAGCUUCUUGCGUGAAACUGAAUUCUGAAGGUUAUGUUUAUGCUAUCGCUGGGGACUUGAAAGUUCAAAACACAAAAGAUGACUGCCACGUGGAGGUUGUUGCCGCGAUAUCUUUUUCUGAUUUUAAUUAUAGUCAUUAUGGAGGGGCAUGGGACAUUCCCAAUCGAAAGUUUUCGUACGGUGAAAUUCAUAGGAUGUUGGUCGGUGGAUUUGAGGUUUCGUGGAUGAGUGGUCCUUGUGAAGAGGUUUGUAACAUCUCAAAUUGCUUUUUAAGUAAAACCACUGGAAUUAUUCAAUGCACUGAUUGGGCUGAUCACUGUGUAACCACACUGGGAUUUCACGUCAGAUGUGGAACUCCAUCAAAGCUGCGAAUGUUUGUCGAAGGUAUUUUGUACGGCAUAGCCAGAGGACUACUACAGGCAAUAGGUGUAGAAAUACAUGAUGCAUCUUUAGGUAUUUCUGAAUCUAAAAUUGGUAUUUACAUAGGAAAAUUCACAGGAAAGUAUAUCUUGUCAUCAUACAUUAUAGUGAGAUUUGUGUUGGGUCUCAUUGUUUUCUUUACAAAAUUGAUAAAUAUAUAUCGAACAAGGCAUACAUCAAUGUAUGAAAAUAUAGAAGAUUUUCUUCAAGGUAACUCUCUCGUGCCAAUAAGGUAUUCUUACAAAGAGAUAAAGAAUAUGACUAAAAGUUUUAAGGACAAGUUAGGUGAAGGAGGCUAUGGUACAGUUUAUAAGGGAACGUUACGCAGUGGACCUUUGGUAGCCAUAAAAAUGUUGGGUAAAUCUAAGGGUAAUGGACAAGAUUUCAUUAAUGAAGUUGCAACCAUAGGAAGAAUACAUCACACCAAUGUGGUACGACUUAUUGGAUUUUGUGUUGAGGGAUCAAAACGUGCUCUUGUUUAUGAUUUCAUGCCCAAUGGAUCUCUUGAUAGAUAUAUUUCCUCUAGAGAUGAUACUAUUUCUUUAACAUAUAAGAAAAUGUAUGAGAUAUCUCUUGGAGUGGCUCGUGGUAUUGCUUAUUUGCAUCAAGGUUGUGACAUGCAAAUUUUACAUUUUGAUAUCAAGCCUCACAACAUCCUUCUUGACGAAGACUUCAUCUCCAAGGUUUCAGACUUUGGUCUUGCAAAACUUUAUCCAGUUGACAAUAGCAUUGUAUCUUUGACUGCUGCAAGAGGAACAAUUGGUUACAUGGCUCCUGAAUUGUUUUACAAAAAUAUUGGUGGAGUUUCUUAUAAGGCUGAUGUGUAUAGCUUUGGAAUGCUCUUGAUGGAAAUAGCAAAUAGGAGAAGAAAUUUGAACUCACAUGCUGAUGAUUCAAGCCAAAUUUUCUUUCCCUUUUGGAUUUACAAUCAAUUGAUUGAAGAAAGGGAGAUAGAAAUAUUAGGAGAUGCUACUGAUGAGGACAAGAGUAAUGUGAAAAAGAUGUUCAUAAUUGCUCUAUGGUGUAUACAAUUGAACCCCAGUGAUCGUCCUUCUAUGGAGAGAGUAAUAGAAAUGCUUGAAGGAGAUAUUGAAAAUAUUAAAAUUCCACCAAAGCCUUCUCCAUAUCCAACUGAAAUUAUUCAAGAUCAUGAAAUUAGCUCUAGAGAAUCUAUAUCGAAUGAUGAUAUCUCUGGGUCAAUUAGUUUUCUUGAAGAAACUGUAGAAGAUCCUUUACUAUAUUAUUAAACUACCAAUGAUAAUAAUUACUAGGUUUUUGGGUUUUGAUUUUCA